AAUGUGUUUGAUCCCGUCCAAAUAGUUAGUAACAGAAAAUCACAAGAAGUGAACAUGUACCGUCUAUUUCUUGUGGUACUUUUUGCUGAUAAUCCCGUUGUAGCCAAUAAAUCAUAUUAUCAAUAAGGGAAUUCUACAAGUCAUCGAUUGUUUUUUAAAAUGUUGUGCUGCUCAUAUUGUUACAAAGUAUUGAUUUCUUAUGUUUCCUCUAGAGUAAAUUGCCUUCAUUCAUAAAGAACACUGUGACAAUAGUAAACAAAUCCUACACUGAUGUCUUGGACAGUUUGUCAGGUGCUUGCAGGUCAGUAUUUAAUUCUCCACAGGGUGAUGUGUUGUGUCAAACCGUCCUUGACACCCAAAAAGCUGUGUGCUGGCCCUGAUGUUGUGAUUUAUUACCCUGACAGUGAGGCACGGGAUUACACGCCGCUUGUAAGCGCCGUAAUCCCAGCUAAUCUGGGAUUCAGUUUCACUCUGCUCUGUGGACACAACCUCCGACCGGAGCACAGAGGGAAUAUGGAAACACUGAGGGUCUCUCUGGGUUGGGGGUUUGUCUGAUGAAGGAUGUAUCUGCUGGUCCUGGUCCUGGUCCAGGUCCAGGUCCUGCAGUCCGCUCUGUGGGGGGUCCACUCCUGUCCGGCUGUGUGUUCCUGCUCGUACGGGACCGGAGGGAACGCAGAGCUCAGGUCGGUGCGGUGUAAUGACCCUGGAAUCUCAGCUGUUCCCGUAAACGUCCCCGCUGACACGGGAAAACUGCGUCUGGAGAAGACCCUGAUCUCCAGGGUGCCCCGGGCAGCCUUCUACAACCUGUCAGACCUGCGCUUCCUGUGGCUGAACUACAACUCCAUCACCUCCAUCCACCCCAGCAGCUUCGUCAACCUGAAGGCCCUGCGAGAGCUGCGCCUGGACGGGAACCUUCUCACAUCAUUCCCGUGGGAGGGGCUAAGGGACAUGCCCCGCCUCCAGACUCUGGGUCUCCAUAACAACCGCCUGUCCAGCCUCCCUGCUCAAGCUUCUUUGUUUCUCUCAAACAUCACCUUCCUCGACCUUUCCAGCAACAGGCUGACCGUGUUACCUGCUGAGCUGCUUGACCUUUGGCUUCCUCCUCCAGGACAACAGGAAGGACCAGUUCAAAGAAGGAUCUUAGGUCUCCAUGACAACCCUUGGUUGUGUGACUGCCAGAUCUCCAUGGUGAUGUCCCUGUCUAUGUCUCUGGGGAGUCCCUUGGUCCUGAUGGACCAGCUCUUGGUCUGCAGCCGGUCUGUGGAUCAGUCAGGGACGCUGCUGGGUCAGACGGAGCUGUCCCGCUGUAUGAGACCGUCAGUUCAGCCUGCAGCCACCAGAGUCAUCUCUUCGCUGGGCAGCAACGUCAUCCUGCGCUGUGAAGCCACCGGGUACCCGACACCCACCCUGACCUGGAUCAAAACCUCCACCUACACAGAUUGUUGCAGAAAAAAGCUAUUUGAGAACUCUGACCAGCUACCCAGGAAUCUGGAGAGCUUCAUGCAGGAAUCUCCUCGGGUCGGGGUCCGCUGGUCGAUUAUCAUCCUGAACGGAUUGUCAUACAAGGACGCGGGUGAAUAUCGCUGCCAGGCGCGGAACAUGGCGGGAUUGUCUGAAGCCCCCAUCAAACUGAAGGUGGUCGGAGUCACUCGACUGUCCCGUCUCCCGAAGAGGAAGUACCUAAAGACUCCGCUCAAAUUAUCAAGAAAAUACAAGAGGCCGAACCAGACCGCGUCUACGACCAGCAGGCCCCCAGAGAAGGAGAACCAGAUAGUCCAGAACGUCACACCUUCAAACAAGAUCCAGACUGCUGCUAAUCUGGUGUUCAAAGAGUUCCUCAAAGAAAAAAGGCCGAAAAUCAACAUAACAGAUGAAAAUAAAUAGACAGAGACAUUUAUUAAGUCUAUUUCAGAGCCCAGAGAAAGUUCUCUGGCUGCGUUCGUUGGGUUCAGCAUUGAAGAGUAAAGGAAGUAAGACUAUUUAGAGUUCCAGACGUUCUGCAUGAAAACAAUGCAGAGUGUGUUGAUGAGCUAUUCUGUAAGUUAAACUUGUUUAUAAAAAUAAAUUUCUGACAUAACAA